GAUCGGCUCGGACUAGAGCUCGGCACAGCUGAGCUCGGCACAGCCCCGCAGGUUUGGGCACAGCCCGCAGGGCGCGCUUGGCGGCGGGGAUGGCGGUGCCGGAGCCGGACGCGCGGCUGGCGCAGGAGAAGGAGGAGGAGAGCGAGGAGGAGAGCGAGGUGCUGGAGGAGAGUCCCUGCGGCCGCUGGCAGAAGCGCCGCGAGCAGGUGAACCAGGGGAACAUGCCCGGCAUCCAGAGCACCUUCCUGGCCAUGGACACGGAGGAGGGUGUGGAGGUGGUGUGGAACGAGCUGCUCUUCACUGACAAGAAGGCCUUCAAAGCACACGAGGAGAAGAUCAAGACCAUGUUUGAGCAGCUGGUGCUGGUGGAUCACCCCAACAUUGUGAAGCUCCACAAGUACUGGCUGGAUGUGAAGGACUCAAAGGCACGGGUCAUCUUCAUCACGGAGUACGUGUCCUCAGGGAGCCUCAAGCAGUUCCUGAAGAAAACCAAGAAGAACCACAAGGCCAUGAAUGCCCGGGCCUGGAAGCGCUGGUGCACCCAAAUCCUCUCGGCUCUCAGCUUCCUGCACUCCUGUGAGCCCCCCAUCAUCCACGGCAACCUCACCAGCGACACCAUCUUCAUCCAGCACAACGGGCUCAUCAAGAUCGGCUCCGUUUGGCACCGGGUGUUUGCCAACGCGCUCCCGGACGAUCUCCGCAGCCCCAUCAGGAUCGAGCGGGAGGAGCUGCGGAACCUUCACUUCUUCCCUCCGGAAUACGGCCAGAAGGCGGACGGGACGGCCGUGGACAUCUUCUCCUUUGGGAUGUGCGCGCUGGAGAUGGCCGUGCUGGAGAUCCAGACCAACGGGGACACGCGGGUCUCGGAGGAGGCCAUCGCCCGGGCCCGGCAUUCCCUGGAUGAUCCCAACAUGAGGGAGUUCAUCCUGUCCUGCCUGACCCUGAACCCGGACAAGCGCCCGACCGCCAACAACCUCCUCUUCCACCGGGUGCUCUUCGAGGUGCAUUCCCUGAAGCUGCUGGCAGCCCAUUGCUUCAUCAACCACCAGUAUCUGAUGCCAGAGAACGUGGUGGAGGAGAAAAUCAAGGAGCUGGACCUGAACAUGGUGAUGGCCGAGAUCCGCAGGGAGGGUCGGCCCGGGGCGCAGUGGAGGUACUCGGAGGUUUCCUUCCUUGAGCUCGACAAGUUCCUGGAGGAUGUCAGGAAUGGGAUUUACCCCCUGAUGAACUUCGCUGUCUCCAGACCCCACGCCCUCCCCCGCGCCCUCUCCCAGCCCCAGGAGGAUCCUCAGAAAGCCAAGACUCCCACGCCAGAGCCCUUUGAUGUGGAGACCAGGAAGGUGGUGCAGAUGCAGUGCAACAUGGAGCUGAACGAGGACAAGAGCCAGUGGCACCUCACGCUCCUGCUCAUCCUGGAGGACAAACUGCACCGCCAGCUCAGCUAUGACCUGCUGCCCACUGAUAACUCCAAGGAUUUGGCCACAGAGCUGGUGCAUUACGGAUUCAUCCACGAGGACGACUGUGAAAAGCUGGCCACGUUCCUGGAGAGCGCCUUCCACAAGCACCGCUCCCAAGCCCUGUGAGCUGGGGACCCACCGCAGCCCCCGUUCCCAGGGGAUCAAGGUGCCGGACUGGAGGAUCCCAAAGGGCUCCUGACCCACCAAACUGCAGCAGGACUCAGCUGGCCGGGCCUUGGGCCCACGGGGAUCUGCCCAAUCCGUGCUCUGGGAAGGCAAGAGCUGAUGGAGGACUCGACAAACACCAGGAAUUACAUCCCGGGACGUUGGGACUCGAGUUCUGGUCCCUGCUCGCAGUGGGAGGUGUGGGGGGGUGGGCAGCAACCCCCAGCAGCCCCUUCCCAGUGGGGUUUGUGGAGCUGCUGCAGGAACCCCAACAGGAUCCGUUUCCCUCUGGGAACGAUCGGCUUUUCUCGCUGCGGGUCCCAAAGCUAUUUUUUCCUCUUUGCCAUCUGGAAUGGUCCUUGCUGAGGGGAGGGGAGGGGAGGAGCAGGCUUGGAGAGCCCCGGUGUAGCUUCCCAUCUGCCACAUUCCACUCUCCAUCCUGAAUUUCUCCAGGUUUAAGGUCUCCACUGUGCUGCCUGUGCUCAGAAUCCUCACGAUGAGCUGGGACUGUGUGAGCUGGACAUGAUAUGUCUUGAGAAGAAAUUCCAGAAAUCAUGACCCACCACCUGGAUCCACACAUGGAUCAGCAGGAAUCUCAUUGAUGCUCCACAGAAUCCUUCUCAUUUCCCAGUUCCUCCUACAGCCUUCCAAAAUCUCUCAGCAUCUUCAAGAGAAAGCUCUGGUGCCUCUUCCUCCCAUUCCCCCUGUGCUGACUGGAGUGUCAGUCCCCAGCCUGGAGAUGGGAGAAUUGCCACCACCACCAGCCCAGUGCUGCCCUUUGCCAGGGACACUUCGUUGAGGUGGAGAAAAGUGCAAACAGGAAUUGUCUCUGUCCAAGAGCCGUGCGGGGCUGCUCUCACUGUGCCAGGGAAAACUGGCUCUGAUAUCCUGCUCUGUGCUGUGCCAGGGAAAACUGGCUCUGAUAUCCUGCUCUGUGCUGUGCCAGGGAAAACUGGCUCUGA